GUCCAAGUCAACAAAAUCAUCAGUUUUGUCUCGGGGACGGUGAAACAUGGACAUUAGAUGGACGUUGCUGAUUUUGUUCACACUCACAGGGGUGUCGUUCACGGUUUCCCCAGAUGAGAGUGGUCCACAAAAUUGCAGCUCACAGCUUCAACUGUUCAACCGUAUGCUUGCUGAUGUGGAGCUGGCAGACGCAUGCUUCCCAAAGCCACCAACAGUGUGGAGCAGUCAGCAGCUGGCCAUGAUGCUUCUCCACAUGAGGAACUUGAAUGAAAAGAUGCACAAACAUCACCUAACAGAAUGUGAAAUGGCACAGCCGAAGAACUGCACUGCUUUGGAGGUUCCCGAAAAUGGAGGACUGGCUUGUGUAACAAUUGCAAUGAGACGCUUCUGUCGACCUCUUUGCCACCACGGUUAUGAUUUUGCCUUCAUCAAAGGGAGUCCGACGUAUGUGGAAUGUAGCGAACAGACACGCUUCCGGUGGAGCACACAGUAUGUGGGAGGAAACAAGGUGGCCGUCUGUCACUGGUCAAGACUUCCACCUCAAACUGGCAAUAUGUAUUUCCCAAAAUCUCAAAACUGUCUGACCACAAAGCAAAGCAGCGAACUGACUCAGAACAUCUUGGAAGAUCUGAUCUCAGAGGUCAAACGUCAAGGAAUCGAUGGAGCAGCUGAGUCUGCUUGUCUCCUCUGCGGGUAAACACCAGGAGUCCAAGAUGAUCUGGUCAAUUUACUCUCAAUCAUUCAUGUGAUUCAAUCUUUAAAAAGAAUCCACCUUUUUCACCAAUAAUUAAUUUUGUCAAAAAUAAAUUCUGAAAAACCCUUUCCUUUUUGGACCUUGCAGCCAAUUAUGCAAUGCGCAGUUUCAGUGGCAAGACCGGGGGGUUUCAUUUCUUACAUUGAUAUACAGUAACUGGAUGUAGCGCUCUGCCUUUUGCACUGUAUUGUGUUCAAUGAAACGACAUUUGACUGAUCACAAGAUUUAGUUCUGGUUUCUGUUGAUGAUUUGUUGUUGACACUGUUUCCUUGAUAACCUCCAAUGAGUAUGGGAACCAUCUGCAGGGCAGUAGAAAGUCUCAAAUAUGUGUCUAAGGUCAAGAAGUUACUGAAGGAAUUUGCUUUUAUUAGUAUAUCUUUAUAAUUGUGUUCUGAUCUCUGGGAGCCAGAGCCUCACUGGAUUCUGUGCACACAGGGUCUAAGGACUGCUCUCCAACUGUACAAUUGUUUUUCAAUAAAUUUCUUGCUUUGCUCAAA